GAAUGCGUGCGUGAAAGCAGGUUUACUGAAACGGGUUGGCUGUGCGGCACACACACACAGACACACACACUCCAACCGGUGGAUGAACUUCAGCUGGAUAAUGGAUUAACCCAUCAGACAGAUAGCAAAAAACGCACAGCAUACCAAGGACUCCAGAUGUCAAUGUAUUGGAAGAAAACACCCACCCACCCACGAGGGAAUGACUCAGUUUAACGUAGCUGAAUAAGUGAGCGCCGGUGCGGACUGGGAGAUUCUGCGUGGGGUAUCUGACUUCUUUCUGGUACUUAAAAGCUCCUCCACCUUUGGUUUUUAUGGGUUGAGAAGCGCUGAGCUCGACCCCGACAUACGGACAAACAGUUGCUGCGCGAGACGCUGGUGUCAAAUAUGGACAGCGCGCGGGAUAGCUCCGGACGCUGGUGCGCAUCUUCAUAAAGUGCGACACUUUGGACGUUGCCGAGGCCUCAAACUUCACCGGUUCUCAAUCAAAGUUGUAGACAAACGGAGAACGAGCGGGACACAAUUGCUGCUUCUGCACAAACAUCCAAAAAUCGAAGGAAAAAAGUCUCAGAAAAUUACCCGCUGUGUGUUUUUUACGUGACGCCAUCAAGAUGCGUAAAGAGGUCGCGCGGAGAUUUCAGAUGCUGCUCAUAAUGUGGUCAAUAUUUCUGGUUAGUUUUGGGACGGGCUUUCCUACAAGACACAAGAAUGUUGCCCACAAGGGUCAUGGACACUUAGUCCACAGCGACCAGGCUCAAUAUGCCCCUGAGGCUCUGGAGCAGCAGAACCAGGUGCAAACAUUGUUGCCCGAGUCUCACACUCACCAGAGAAGGUGGUCCCACCCACAGCACCGCUCUGUUGGUGUUCUCCCACAGCCUGAGCCAGAGGAGGAGACCAAACCUUUCAUCCUGGAUCUUAAGAACUUUCCAGAUCUCGCCAAUGCUGAUAUAAACUCCCAGAACCCCAAUAUACAGGUAACCAUCGAGGUGGUCGAUGACCCUCAAAUGGAGGUAGAGAUGGACCUGGCGAAGGAUAAAGAGUGGCUACCCUCCUCUUCUUCCUCCCCCUCCUCCACAGUGGAUUGGCUUGGAGGCAAGAAGCUUUUCUGGCCCCUUUUCUGGAGUUACACCGACGCAGAUUCCAGUGAGGACAGCAACAGCCGGUCAGGCGUGGAGGAAACUGGCGAGGAAGAAGAGGAGGAAGAUUACUCUCUGGAUUACGGCAGUGAAGAGCCCUUACCCAGCGGAGUAGGCGACUGGGAUAGUCGUUGGAACGAAGGCUGGGAUCCAAUGCAGAGCUACUACGAAAAGGACACAGAUGAGUGGACCCCCUGGUCUCCUUGCUCAGUCACAUGUGGACAUGGUGAGAGAAAGAGGACCAAGUCCUGUGGCUACUCAUGUACUCUGACAGAAGCCUCAAGAUGUGACAUGGAGCCUUGUCCUGGUGAUGUCAACACUGUGGUAGAACCAUUUCCCUUUGAAAUGGAGAAUGGCACAGAGGCAUUUGGGACAGAUGUCGACAGCUGUGAGAAGUGGCUUAACUGUAAGAGUGAGUUCCUUCAGCGGUACCUGCACCAGGUGUUAUCAGAGCUGCCCAGCUGCCCCUGCUCUUACCCCUCUGAAGUAUCCUACACUGUGGUCAGUGUGUACGAUGAGACUCGCGACAGACAGUUUCGCUGGCGUGAUGCCAGCGGCCCAAAAGAGCGACUGGACAUCUACAAGCCUUCGGCCCGCAGUUGCAUUCGCUCAGCACUUUCCAGCGACUUUUCUACUCUGGCAGCCCAGCACUGUUGUUAUGAUGACCGUGGGCGGCUGAUCACACGGGGAAAAGGCGCAGGUACGCCUAACCUGAUCAGCACUGAGUUCUCACCUGAGCUACACUUCAAAGUGGAUGUGCUGCCUUGGAUCCUGUGCAAAGGAGACUGGAGUCGCUUCCAUGCUGUGCGGCCACCCAAUAAUGGGCUGAGCUGCCCAGAAAACCCCCACGAAGACGUGUUCAUGAAUGAACUUGAAGAGGCCAGAGAGUACUGAGGGACAACAGCCAAAACUAUCACUUCACUUCAGAGAGUCAGAGGGCCUAAUCCUAAUUUCACAGGAGACUUCCUACCUUUAAAGUCAUGUAAUAUUCUGUCUAAAUCAUGCAUUGGGGGAAUGCACAUUUGUGAUUUGAGAGUUGUGGGGUUAAAGAAUGAUGGUGAAGUUUGCCCGUCAGUAUUUAAGAUUUGGUGCAGUGUCCUGGUAUCAGGCUCUACUGAAUCGAACUGAAGUACAUGGAAGGAAAAAACACAGUGUUCUCCUAUUGCUUGCCAACGUGUUACACAUCUGGCAUGACAUCAAACUUUCUGUCUCUUUAUAUUCAGUACACUCCUCUGAGUGCGUGAAAGCAUGAUGUCCACCUACUGGCUUUUCUGAUUGUGUCCUAGAGUGCUUGUGAUUGAUAAUAGCAACAUAUGAAAACAUCUGAUCAUGCUUCUUGUAUGAAAAGUAGGAUUAUGGGUUGGAUAGACCGAUGAAACAAACAGAGGCAUGAGUCCAACAGAAGAGUCUCAUAUCAAUGCUGCUACAUAUUAUAAUCCUUCAGGUUUAAAAGGUAUAUAGAGGAGAAACACAGCAGGACAUCGAUACACCCAAAAGAUGCCACAUGCAAUCACAGUAAAAUACAUUUCAGUCAAUCUUUUGGGACUCUUAACUGAAAUGACCAAUUCCAAAAAAA